UUUAAAUUAUUUUGUUGUUAGUUUUCUCUUCCCAAAAUGUGGAAAGUGCAGGCCCUAGUAGUGCACAUCUUGUUGAUGGGAUCCGUAUUGAGUACAUAUUUUCAACCGACUAUAUUGCCCAAUCUCGAGCCGCAAAAGACUAUGCGCGAUUUGGGUUUUAAACCGCCAGCGGAUCGACUGGUGGUAUUUCUGACCGAUGGCCUUCGGGCGGCUACCUUUCUGGCGAGGAAUGGCAGUGAUGUUCCGGAUCUCCGGGAUAUAUUCCGGAAACAGGGACGAAUCGGAAUAUCCCGCACCUGUGCUCCCACUAAAACGCGGCCUGGACACAUUGCCAUCUUUGGCGGCUUCUAUGAGGAUCCCACAGCUGCGUUGGUCAACUUUCGCUAUAAUCCCAGCAAUUUCGACACCGUCUUCAAUCGCAGCAGGAAUACCAUUGGCUGGGCGCACAGAAAUGUGGUAAAGAUCUUCAUUAGACUGCCGCACGGUGGUGCCCCAAUGCGUUUCAAAUCCUACAUGGAGGCGGAAUUACCGGAAAAACUUACUUGCGACAAAUGGACUUUCGAAAAGGUUCAAAAGUUCUUUAAGAAAGGCGCCAAUGUUCGGGAGUUUCGAAAUCUAAAAUCGGUGGUGUUUUUCGUCUAUUUGGGUGACAUGGAUAUAGCUGCACAUCGGUUCAAGCCCCUAAGCAAAAGGUUUCAUAAAAAGCUUCAGUACACACAGCGUGGAAUUCAAACCACCUAUGAACUCUUCGAGCGAGUCUUUAAUGACAGUCGAACGGCCUAUCUGAUGACAUCCGAUCAUGGCACAACUAACGAGGGAAGCCAUGGCGGUGGAUCCACACAUGAAGUGGAAACGCCUUUGUUCAUGUGGGGAGCUGGAGUGACUCGAGAAGUAGUGGAUUCUGAAGGUAACUUCCCUGGUAAAUCUCAUAUUUCACAGCUGGAUCAGACUCAACUGGCACCCCUAAUGUCAGCUUUGAUUGGUCUUCCACCUCCGAUGAACAACUUGGCCCUAAUGCCAGUGGGUUACCUCAAUGUCAGCGCUGAGUACGAAGUCAUGGCUUUGCACCUGAACGUUUUGCAACUACUGUCGCAAGCCAAAAUUCUUAUUCAACAACAUGAAAGUGCCAUUUUCUACAAGUGGCUCCCCAAGUUCAAGGAUCUGGAUUUGGAUCAGAUUGAUCAGUAUUCGGGAAAAUUAAAUGCCCUGAAAGCAAAAGGCAAUGUGAAAGAGGCAAUGGAGACUUGCCAGGAUUUCGGAAAAUUAGCUCAAAAAUGCCUGGCGAACUACCAUAAUUAUUAUUAUCUUCCCUUAAUGGUGGCCACUACCUUAACAUACCUAAUUUGGUUUUACUGUCUUCUACUUCAGCUUAGUCGAUUAUCCAAGGAGCAGAAGGAGGAAAGAAAGGGUUUUCUAACUUUCUCAACCCUGUUGUUAGUUCUCUUGGGAAUCAUACUACUUACUUUGUUGCGACUGCAAAAUGUACCGCAUAUUACUACUUUUUAUCUAUUGUUACCACUUGGAAUGCUUAUAAUGGCCCAGGCAGAACGUCCUGCAAAAAGUGGCUGGAUUAUGACACCGAUGUUGCACUUGGGCUGCAUUUUGCUGACCGCUGGUCUGCUGAUAUUAAUGGCCUUUGUUUAUCAGCAUCUUUGGGUGCUUUAUGGGGUGUCCGUACUCCUCAACAAUCGACGAGCUUUCCUGAAGCCCUCCCUGAAGUUUUUCAUCUGGCUAACGCUGGUCAUACUAUUGACUGGCAUUCUGUUCGUACAGCUUAAUAUAAAAGACGGACUCCAAAGGAUUCCCCUAAAAAACUACCAAGUCCUGUAUAUCAGCAUGCUGUUGGCUAUUAUUCGUCCUUUGAUCCUGGGACACCGACAUGAUCCACGUGUUUGGGCAAUCAAUUCGAUGGCUCUGAUAGCCGGAGCUUAUGGAGUUUAUCAAUAUGAGGUUAAGGAAUCGGUGUCGGCUUAUGUCUAUGCCGUAACUUGGUCAUUUCUGCUCUUUGCUUUUCUAUCGAUUCGAUACUUUGAAAAAUCCACUUCUACGGCCAGAAAAAAAUUGGAACUUAUUACUAUCAACAUGGUCACUAUCAUCAGUCUGCUAACCAUCGUUUGGGGUUCAUUAAAUGUCCAAAUUGUAAUAACCGAAUUUGUGAUGGGCCUCCAGGUUUAUGAGGACUCAAGGCGAAGCGACGAAGUUGAAGAUCUGGAGGAGAAUCACGAUCCUCUGAACCGACUGAAACAAUUCUACCGAUAUGGAUACAUGAUUCUGCUAUAUUUCUAUGUAGCCUUUUUCUUGGCUGGACAUUGGCUUUCCACUUUUUUGUUCAAGCCGACAAUAGCACGACUAUUUUAUCCCCACUUUUCUCUGUACAUAUCUGGCAGCUUGCUGAUACUGAAAAUCUUACUUCCAUCCCUCAUCUUCGUCUCGGCCCUCUAUGCCAUGGUUCCAUUUGUCCGAAAAAACAUCAGAUCAAUUUUAAUUUGCGUUUUCCUCAUCAUCGACGCAAUGGGCCUGUAUAUGUAUUACUUUGUGCGAAAUCGGGGAUCUUGGGCAUUGAUUCGCAAGUAUCUGGAUCAAGUCCUGCUGACCCAUGUUGUUAAUUUCAUGCUGCUGGGCUGCAUCUGCAUGGCCAAGAUUUUCAUGGCCAAAACUACAAUGGAAAAACCAGAACGUAAGAAUGUCCGGCAUUCUCGACGGGCAUCGUCAUCUGAAGAAACUCGGACUUAAAAUGUU